CAGUAGAUCUUGCUGAGAAAGAAUCUCAUGGAUCCAUUAGCUUUUGAACUUUAGUAAUCAUAUCUUAUCAUGAUCGUCUUUCUCUUUUUGUUUUUGGUCCUUCAUUUUUGCCCCUUGCGACAUCAGCCAUUUUAUCUCUAUUCUACUCAGCGACACCGACAUCCAGACGCUCACGCUUGUUUAAGAAAAUAGAUUUCGAAAAUCUAUUUUUUUGCCAGACGCUACCAAGAACAUACGGUAGUUCUGGUUCAAACCUGUAUAUUUCGAGUGCAAAUAAAGCACAAAACACCAAAAUGCCCAUAAUUGACCAGGACGAGGAGUUUUCCCUCGACAAGCUCCAGCUCGCCGACGGAGUCAAGGCGAACGCGGCAUACACGCUCUAUGAGUCUCUGGGAAGCAGAUUCACAAUUCCCAAAGUGACCCGAGAGAAUCGCUUCACCGGGGUGCGCGCGCUGCCGGAGUUUGAUAGUAGAACAAGAAGGGUGAAGCCGGAUAGUGAUCUUUCAUCUUUAGUAGAUAAAAGCUCCACCAUCACAAGUAGCGACACUUGCUCCUACACCUCUUGGGCCAAGCAAUGUUUGGAGAAAAUCGGAGUGUACCGGUUGCCCGACGAGGGGACGACAUCACGGCCGCAGAACAAAAAAGCAAAAUCAGAGCACGCCGAUAAAAACUUGUCAGAGAUCGAGCAUCUGUCGUUACAGAUCGGGAACAUGCGGGAAUUUUACAAAAACUGGAGAAGCCACCCGGAUUACGAAGAGAAUCGAAAAAAUUGCAGAGAGGGGAUGAACAAAAGCCCCUUGCACGAUGACGACGAUACGAAGUUUCGUCCUCUGAUACAAGCCGCAGAAAAUCAUCUGCAGUGCGUGUACAACGACCAAAAAUGUGAGGGAAAGAAUAACGAUGAAGCCUGUUCUUGCGAGGUUCUGUUUAUUUCCUACCGAACCCGGGGCAUCGGGCUCGACGGGAAAAAGACCUAUUUGAACCACUGGCACACGGACUUCGACUGCUUCAAGGACAGAUGGAAUAACGAUCCAACUUCGGAUUGCAACAACGGAGAAGAGGUGCUAGAAGAGUUUCUUCUUUCCUGGCUGCCACUGUGGCACCGGCGUGCGGGGGAGAAGCUGGCGGACGAGAAACGUCGUGGUAAUGAUAAUGAAGCUGCAGCGUCUCCGUUGAAUUUACUUCGAAGGGAUAGCACCGCUGCUUGUUCUUCCACGCGUACGCCAUCGACUGUUGCAGGGGAAGAUGAAGAGGUGCCAGAAGAUGAACCUUUAUUCUCCUCGUUCCCUCACUCGUCAGCACCCGCUGCAGUCGAGCAACUACAAGCUUCACAACAAGUCCCCGCCCGCGACGUGAUCCGGCGCGCAGCAUCGCCGGAGGAAUACGAAAAUUAUCUGAAGAAGUUCCGGUUGAUACUGAACCAGGCCGAACAUGACGUGUGCAACCUGUGGUUCACGCUGUGUCACGACCAGAAAGCGGUGGCGAGCUCGUUGUGCGUGCAAUCCAAGAGGAUUUGGGCGGAUAAGGAGCAGGACCAACGGCUGCUGGACGAAUAUUUUUCGGAACAGGUGCAAGGUCUGAUAGAGAAACAGGCAGCGCAGGAGGUAGAAGUUCUUGCAGAUGAUAGUUCUGCAGCUGAACAACUAGGACGAGGAACAGAAGUAAAGCGGCCACAAGAACUUCUACAUGGAGCAGAAGGAGAAAGCGAUGCUGAAGACGAUUCUGAUGUGGUUGUUGUUCCUGAUGAGUUUGAUAAUACCAAAAAGGUCCCGAUCAAAGACACGGACCUGAUUUGUUGCCUGCAAUCAAGAUGUAAGGAAACGAACAAACCGCAGGAGGUCGCUGUGAUGUUUAAAUCGAUGCAUCAUUCGCACCGGAGCUGUGACCUGCACUAUGAGCCUGAGUUUUUCCAGAACAUGGACCGCGGAAAAGAAGGCCCAACUGAAGAUAACGUCGUGCAGAGGAAUAACUUUGAAGCGAGGUUUCUGAUUUUGCAUCGGAGUGGGUUACAAGACCUGUUUGAUUUUGGUACGGAGCUUCUGAGAAAAUAUUUCUGAAAGUCAAAUACAAAUUGGAAAAAGCAUAUAGAAGAAGCGACAUGUUGAGCUCUGAACAACAAAUAUAGCGACAUCAGUUCAUCGAAAGAGUAAAAGUGAGAAAAGUGCGUAU